ACUAUCAUGAUUUAUCUCGCUCGUGAUGGAAUCAGGUGCGGCAAAAGUGCUGAGGCUAACGAUUCCACACACAGGAAUGUCCAAGCGGCGGCUUUUAAACUAUUGGCUGUUAUGAUUCAGAGAGCCCCGCCGCCGACUGCUUCAGUACCACUGCCGGCCGAUCCGGCAAUGGCCAGGGCCACCACCUCCCCCGCUCUCUCUUCUCUCUCACGAUCUUCUCUCCUCCGGCGCGCCGCCCAGCCUCCUUGCGCUUCCAUGCCUUCCGCCUCAUCCAAUGACAUCAGGAUCAGCGGAACCGGCGAUCCGCUCGUCUUACAAGUAGAAGAAUCGCUCGAUUCACCCCUUUCUCCCCUCGAGGUCAUCGGCUCCCGCUGUGCUCUCCUAACCCGCUUCGAGAGCCUUCGGCGACCCUACAAGCCCUUUCCUGUCGUCGGGUGGAAUCGCCACGUGGAGACCAUUUUCGCCGCCUUCUUCCGCUCCCUGCCCUCCGUUCACCUCCGCCGCCAGUGUCUGCGGACCAGGGAUGAUGGGGCAAUUGCACUCGAUUGGGUCGUCGGUGACGAGCAGCAGCUGCUACUUGAUGCCCCCGUCCUCAUUCUUCUGCCUGGUUUAACUGGAGGAAGCGAUGAUACAUACGUGAGACAUAUUCUCAUCAGAGCUAGAAAGAAAGGAUGGCGUGUUGUAGUGUUUAAUAGUCGUGGCUGUGCAAAUAGUCCUGUUACCACCCCUCAGCUUUAUUCAGCUUCUUUUACUGAAGAUAUUCACCAGGUUGUUACUCAUGUUUCAACUUGUUAUCCUAAAUCAAAGUUGUAUGCUAUUGGCUGGUCUCUUGGUGCAAAUAUCCUUGUUCGUUAUCUUGGUCAGGAAUCUCAAAAUUGCCUUCUUUCUGGAGCAGUAUCUUUGUGUAAUCCUUUUAACUUAGUAAUUGCAGAUGAAGAUUUCCACAAAGGUUUCAAUAAUGUAUAUGAUAAAGCUCUUGCAAGAAGUCUACGAAAAAUUUUCAAAAAGCAUGCACUUUUAUUCGAAGGCCUUGGUGGUGAAUACAACAUCCCAAUGGCUGCCAAUGCAAAGUCGGUGAGAGAGUUUGAUGAAGGAUUAACACGUGUUUCAUUUGGUUUCAAGUCAGUGGAUGAUUAUUACUUUAAUUCAAGCAGUUCAAGCUCCAUUGGAUGUGUCAGCAUACCUUUGCUAUGCAUACAGGCAGAUAAUGAUCCAAUUGCACCGUCGAGAGGGAUUCCUCGUGAUGAAAUUAAGGCGAAUCCAAAUUGUCUAUUGAUUGUAACUCCUCAAGGAGGUCAUCUUGGUUGGAUAGCAGGGGAUGAAGCUCCAUUUGGAGCUCCUUGGACCGACCCUGUGGUUAUGGAAUUUCUAGAGCACGUCAACAAAGAAACAAAAACUGACACCGAAGUCGAGUACUUGCCUGAUCAAUUGGAUGGCUUUCAACAUUCUUCAUCACUACCUGUACAAGUUAAAUGAGGUUAAUUGAUUUGGAUAGGUAGAUCGGGUUAAGCAUCAAGUGUGUUAGGCUGAUCGAUCAGUCUAGAUGGUCCCGAUGAACUACUGGAGCUAGUCAAGUUGGCAAAUUGGUGGAGCCAAUCAGGCCGGUUAGGAUGCAUUGGGGCAAUUGAUCGAGGUGGGCUAGUCGAAUUGGGCAUGGCAAUUGGUUGGACUAAUCAUUUUUUUUUAAAAUAUU